CCAUUAUGAUUGAAGAAGUACAGAUCCAUCGGAGAAGAAGAAGAGACAUUGAGAAACAAUGACUUCGAGGUAUUGGGUGGUGUCUCUACCAGUGAAGGACUCUUCUUCCACGUUAUGGAAUCGUCUCCAGGAGCAGAUCUCCAAGCAUUCCUUCGAUACUCCAGUUUAUCGGUUCAACAUUCCUAACCUUCGAGUUGGAACGUUAGAUUCUCUGCUCGCCCUCGGCGAUGAUCUGCUCAAGUCAAACAGCUUUGUGGAAGGAGUUUCGCAGAAGAUCAGGAGACAGAUCGAGGAAUUGGAGAGGAUCUCUGGUGUGGAGAGCAACGCUCUUACUGUUGAUGGAGUUCCCGUUGAUUCUUAUCUCACAAGGUUUGUCUGGGAUGAAGCUAAGUACCCAACGAUGUCACCUUUGAAGGAGGUUGUGGAGAAUAUUCAGUCUCAGGUUGCCAAGAUUGAGGAUGAUCUCAAGGUUCGCGUUGCUGAAUAUAACAAUGUCCGCGGUCAACUCAAUGCCAUUAACCGAAAGCAAAGUGGAAGCUUAGCUGUUCGCGACCUCUCAAGCUUGGUUAAGCCAGAAGAUAUUGUCGCAUCUGAACAUCUCGAGACUCUUCUUGCAGUUGUUCCAAAGUAUUCCCAAAAAUACUGGCUAGCAUGUUAUGAGACAUUGACCGACUUUGUGGUUCCUAGGUCUUCGAAGAAAUUGUUUGAGGAUAAUGAGUAUGCUCUUUACACCGUCACUCUCUUUACUCGUGUUGCAGACAAUUUCAGGACAAAUGCUCGUGAGAAAGGGUUCCAAGUUCGUGAUUUUGAACAUAGCGUUGAAGCACAAGAGACUCGUAAACAAGAGCUAGAAAAGCUGGUUCAGGACCAGGAGAGUUUGAGAAGCUCUCUUUUGCAGUGGUGCUACACCAGUUAUGGAGAGGUUUUCAGCUCAUGGAUGCAUUUCUGUGCUGUGCGUAUAUUCGCUGAGAGCAUAAUGAGAUAUGGUUUACCUCCAGCUUUCUUGGCAUGUGUCCUAUCUCCGGCUGUUAAAAGCGAGAAGAAAGUACGCUCCAUUCUUGAACGCUUGUGCGAUUCUACCAACAGUUUAUACUGGAAAAGCGAGGAGGAUGCAGGAGCUGGAGGAGCCAUGGCUGGUUUAGCCGGUGACUCCGAGACACAUCCUUAUGUCUCCUUCACGAUCAACCUUGCUUAGAAUUGAUGAGAGAUGCUUUAUGCUUCUUCUGCAUCUCACACUUAUAUUUGUUUAUGUUCUAUAUAUAUAUAUUCCAUUUUAUUAUUCGUGAUAAUUUUUCGAAAUAAAAGAAAUAAAUAUGAAGGUGGCACUCAAGAGAGACAUGUGAAUGUAAUAUUAUUUUGGCCGGAGUCUUUGUAGACUACAAUGACUGAUACUUGUGGAAGAAGAGAGGUUUGUUGACAUGUUA